AGGCAAACCAACGGUUCAAAGUCCUGAAAUAAUUUCCAAUAAUCUUAUAACCAGAGUUGUGAAUUACCGAGUCAGACAAGAAACGAUUUAAACGAUGUUUGUUGCGGCCAGCUUGAGCUUGCUGUUGCUUGCUAUUGGAAACAUUUCAGCAAACCAAUGUUCCCCGACGAAUUACGACACAAUCAUAAAAGCAGGUCCAUCAUUGCCUGCGGAUGAAAUAAUAUCAAGACACAAUGUUACAUCUUCAGUUGUCAUGUUGGGAUGUCACACUCACUGCAAAGACGAAGACAAAUGUGUUGGAUUCAACUACAGAACAACAAAAAAUGUUGAGAAUUGCCAACUGACCAACGUUACUAGAAAGAAAGAAGAAACGAAACUGACCGGAUAUUGGAUAUUGAUGAUAUUGAUGAGAAAUGUUGAAGCAGCGAAGAAGGCGGUUGAAGAAGAAAAUCUUAUCAGGAAAUCAGACGUUCACGAGUGUUCUCUGGGAACUCACAAAUGUCACUCAAACGCAACCUGCAAUAACACCAUUGGCUCCUACGAAUGUCACUGUCACGGAGGAUUUGCUGGAAAUGGGAAAACAUGCUUAGAUGUUGACGAGUGUUCCCUGGGAACUCACAAAUGUCACUCAAAUGCCACCUGCAAUAACACUAUUGGCUCCUACGAAUGUCACUGUCGCAGUGGAUUUUUAGGAAAUGGGAAAACAUGUUCAGAUGUUGACGAGUGUUCCCUGGGAGCUUACAAAUGUCACUCAAACGCAACCUGCAAUAACACUAUUGGCUCCUACGAAUGUCACUGUCGCUCAGGAUUUGCUGGAAAUGGGAAAACAUGUUCAGACGUUGACGAGUGUUCCCUGGGAACUCACAAAUGUCACUCAAACGCCACCUGCAAUAACACUAUUGGCUCCUACGAAUGUCACUGUCGCGGAGGAUUUUUAGGAAAUGGGAUAACAUGUUCAGAGGUUGACGAGUGUUCCCUGGGAACUCACAAAUGUCACUCAAAUGCCACCUGCAAUAACACUAUUGGCUCCUACGAAUGUCACUGUCGCAGAGGAUUUGCUGGAAAUGGGACAACAUGUUCAGAUGUUAACGAGUGUUCCCUGGGAACUCACAAAUGUCACUCAGAUGCAACCUGCAAUAACACUAUUGGCUCCUACGAAUGUCACUGUCGGAGAGGAUUUGCUGGAAAUGGGAAAACAUGCUUAGGUCUCCGCUGCGCUGAUUUGUAUGAAAAGGGAACGAAUAAAAGCGGCAUUUAUGAAAUUGACCCGGAUGGAAAGGGAAGUUUCAAAGUGUUUUGUGAUAUGACAACAUCAGGUGGAGGAUGGACUGUAUUUCAACGUCGUCUGGAUGGAAGUGUUGACUUUUACCGAGGAUGGCAAGAUUACAAACACGGUUUUGGUAACUUUAGCGGAGAAUAUUGGCUUGGUCUUGACAAAAUACAAAGGAUGACAAAUAUUUCUCAAAAUGAACUUCGUAUCGACAUGGAAGAUACAUCUGGAAACACCAGAUACGCUCAUUAUGAUUCAUUUAAUGUCAGCAGUGAAAUUGAGAAGUACAAGUUGAAUGUUAGAGGUUAUCAUGGUACAGCAGGAAACUCGUUGGGAAGACAUGACGGAAUGGCUUUCACCACCAAGGAUUCUGACAAUGAUAUUUGGGAUGGAGGUAACUGUGGAGUGUUAUUCAAAGGAGCAUGGUGGUAUUAUGAUGGUCAUGAAUCCAAUUUGAAUGGUUUGUAUCGAUAUGGCCCAUACAAUUUGUCCGCUGAUGGAGUCAACUGGAACCAUUGGAAAGGCAAUUAUUAUUCUCUGAAAUCAACAUCGAUGAAGAUACGACCACGUGAAUUUGGAAAGAAGAAAUAAAGAUGUU